AUGCUUAUAAUCGUUCAUCAGUUAUAUUGUCGUCUUAGAGGUGAAAAUGGCUCGCAGCUGAGGCGCGAUCAACUGAUUGAUUGGCAUGACUACAAAGCAAUGGCACACGAUGCACUGCGUGUGGGUUUGGGCGAGCAAGGACGAGCUGCGAACCUGGAUAAUGUCAAUAGAAAGGCGUUCAAGACAGCUUGGCUGAAGUAUGGCUUUAACGGUUUACUCUCCGAUCAAAUUUCCGUUGAGCGUGCAGUGCCGGAUUUUCGCCACAAGAAUUGUCGCAACCUGACCUACCACAAUGAACUACCGAGCACGAGCAUAAUUAUUGUGCAUCGCCAUGAAUAUCCCUCGGUGUUACAGCGCACACUGCACAGUCUCUGGAAUCGCACACCAAGCGAGUUAUUGAAAGAGAUUAUUUUAGUGGACGACUGCAGCUAUGCACCACCUUUUGACAUUACGCACGAACAGGAUUUAAUGGCGAAGUUUGGCACGAAGCUUAAAAUACUUCGUCUAACAACACACGAAGGCUUAAUACGUGCACGCAUAGCGGGCGCACGUGUAGCUACUGGUGAGGUGUUGGUCUUUCUAGAUGCGCAUGUGGAGGCCACACACAAUUGGCUGCCGCCUCUGCUACAACCAAUUGUCGAUGAUCCACACACGAGCACCACGCCGAUUAUAGACGUCAUUGACUACAACACCUUCGAGUAUAUGGAAGGCUUACCGACGCGUGGUGGAUUUGAUUGGAAUUUCGUUUAUACGGAGCUGCUGUUGCGGGAGGAUGAUCACAAAUCAAUGCCAGCGCCACACCAGAAUCCUGUAAUGAACGGCGGUCUCUUUGCUAUAACAGCGAAGUACUUUUGGCAUUUGGGCGCAUACGAUGAGGGCUUGGAAGUGUGGGGCGGCGAGCAGUUUGAGCUCAGCUUUAAAAUUUGGAUGUGCGGUGGCCGUUUGUUGGAAGUGCCUUGUUCGCGUUUAGGCCAUCUUUAUCGUGUGGCCAAUUCUCAGGUGAAAUACACCAAUCGCACAGAGGAUUUUCAAUCGAAGAACUACAAGCGCGUCGCUUCAGUUUGGAUGGAUGAUUACCAGGAAAUACUCUACAAACACAACCCGGAGCUCAUCAAAAUUGACGCUGGUGAUGUGAGUGAAAGACAUGCUUUAAGAAAACGGCUCAAUUGCAAAUCAUUUAAGUGGUUCCUCGAUACCAUCGCGCCGGAUUUGCUACUAAGGUAUCCAACAGUUGUGCCGCCGGAUUAUGCCUUUGGUGCAAUACAAGCACUUGCUGCGCCACAGCUUUGUUUGGCAACAUUGGAAAAAAACUCAAAACGAUCGAAAAUCAAACUACGACCCUGUUCAGGUGAUCUUAAGCAACCGGCUGCCUCACAAGAUUGGCAUCUCACUUUUCAUCGUGACCUCCGACAGGGAGAUGAAAACUGCUUAGAUGUGCAGGAUACAACCCUUCGUCUGGGGCCUUGUCAGAACCAAGGAGGCAAUCAAUUUUGGUACUACGACCCAGCGUCAAAGCUACUGAUGCAAGGUGAACCAUGGACAGAGCGGCUGUGUCUGGAAGCGAAUAUGUUGACGGCGCGUGCCCACAUGAAUACCUGUGAUUCGGAGAAUGAAAAUAUGAAAUGGAAGUUUGGAUUUGCAAACAGGACAUUGUUGGGCCAAUUCUUCAAUGGUUUAGAAAAAUACUUUUCGUAUUGA